AUUUAAAAGUCAAACCAUUUUUAAAAUAGACUGCAAAUACACCACCUCUUUUGGAUUCCCUAAAAUAAAGCUAAAUAUAGCAAGUUAUCAUGUCAUAAAAAGAAUUGGCCUCUUUAAGCCAUGUUUCUGUGAUGCGGAAUCAAAAAGUAAAACUAUCAAACUUCUUGGUACAAUUGUAGACUGACUAGGUCCAAAACUUAACAUGUAUUCGUUGUCAUUGAUAUCAGGUGACAAAUAAUUAGUAACAGUAUAUAAAUCAACAUUCGAAAAAGAAUCAUAACAUUGUUUCACAUACAUGUUUACACCACACACAAGAACAUCUUAAUUAUAAAAAAAAAUCUGGGUAUAAGAAAAGGUACAAUUUUGUAAAUUUGUUAAUGCGUCUUUUAGAAAAUUCCACUACGUGACUACCCCAGAUAUCAUUACAAAAAUGAACAAUACCCCAUCCUACCACUUUAUUCCCUUCUUUCAAAAAUUUAUUAGUAAAAUGAUAGCAACUUAUAUUUGUAUCUGAUUACAUUUGUUACAGGUCAUUUAUUGGAUACUGCUCUCUGUAUGCAUGGUCAUACAAAUGACGAAUGGAUCAUCAUCAUUUAACCUGAAUGAUAUCUGUCCAUCUGUUCCUCCUGACAUGAUGGAAGCUUGUCCUUAUACCUUCUCUGAGCACACACACAAUAUGAUCAAACAGAUCCCUAAGAUAGUACCUCUAGAUCACCCUGACUAUCACCAACUCGUACCCCCACAGGCAAGGGGUAAGACCAAUCUAUACUGCGCUCAUCCAGCAUGCACACCAAAUCCUUGUCUAAAUGGAGGCUCUUGUCAGGAAACAUUUGCUGACUUCGAUUGUAACUGUACAGCCUUAUACGUCGGGAAACGAUGUGAAAAGCGGAACACAAUCACUGACGUCAAAUUCCUUGAGACCGGAUCUCGCCAGGGAGUAGUCUCCUUCCUGCCAAUAAAAAAAGACUCUCCAUGGGAGAUCAUGAGCUUCUGGGGCUGGGAACCUUCGACUUCUGACCUAAUAUGCAAAUAUCUUGGCUAUCCUGGAGCAUAUUCUACCGUAGAUGGCGUCGUAUUGAAUAGUUUACCGGAGAGCGCCAUCCUCGGUGCGAAGGUUGUAGUGUGUCCUGGUGAUGCAAUGAUCAUCACGGAUUGCUGGCUUACUGAUGAAAUUCCACUGGAGGGAACCGGAGUGGUCGGCGUCAUAUGCUGUGAAGAUUAUAAGUGUACUAGUCCAGGAAUUCCCCUUGGCCUUGAAAAUGGUGACGUCAUAGAUACACAGAUCACAGCAUCCAGUGAGGAUCAGACCUAUAAGACGGCCACUGCAAGGUUACACGGACCACAGUGCUGGCAACCCUUAAUACAUGACAAAUUGCAGUGGUUACAAGUCGACCUUCUCGACGCACACCUUCUCACUGGUCUGUCCAUGCAAGGAAGGGUUGAUGAAGAUUAUUACGUCACAGCUUUUAGUUUGAAGUACUCCCUCAUGGGCACAAUAUGGACAGUUUACAAAGACGAAUUUAAACAAGUUAAGUAUUUCUCAGGUAACGUCAAUGGCUCCUCCGUGCAGACUCAGUCCUUAUACCCCGGCGUAGUGACCCGUUAUGUUCGUAUCCAGCCAUGGGCCUGGGAAGGGCAGAUUGCUAUCAGACUAGAACUCGUCGGUGUUGGACCAAUAGCAGCGUGGGAUGACGUAAUCAAGAGCAACUGCAUCUUUGAUAUCGAUCUUUGUGGCUGGCAACAAGCCUUGGAUGACGAUUCUGAUUGGUUACACCAGGAAUCACGUGUGCCCUCACACGACUCCUCUCCUGCGCAUGAUCAUAUGGAUUCAUAUGGCGCCUACGUCGUUAUGUCAUCUAACUCUUCAAUCAACCAAACGGCUAGACUACAGAGUCCACCGAUUAAAAGUCAGGAAGGUUCAAACUCAAGUUGUCUUCAAUUCUGGACGUACGUGAAUGGGGAUAGUGUUGGGAACCUCCGUGUUUAUGUUUCUAACAACACGAACGUCUUGACAUCAGAGCAUUUAGUGUUUGCUAGAUCAGGCAAUCAAGGUGAUCGUUGGAUCGCUGCUGAGGGAUUAGAUCAAUAG